GUCCUGUUCGGGGCUGUCGGGCUGGGGAUGGGAGUCUCAAGUGCGAAUCCUGGGCCCUGGGAGCAGUGCCGGUCAGAGAAUGGUACGGAAAUUGCUUGUGACAAAGGAUUGGUCUGCGUCCCCGACGUUGAGUACUACGGACUCUGUUACACGGAAGUCGUCGGCGAGUCCGAGCAGUGCGGUGGCUUGGGUUGGAACGUGAGCUGCGUGAAUGGAACAACAUGUGAGCGCCAAAAUGAAGGCUGGGCCUCCUGUCAAUCGACUGCGGAUGCUCGAGGCCCUGGUGCGGAAUGGCAGCAGUGCGACCCCGAGGACAGUGGCAACUUGUGCGCCGACAGCCUCAUUUGCGUCGAUGAUGACGACUAUCAUGGAAUAUGCGUAAGGCAAGUGGCUGAG